AUGAUGGCGACGUACGUACCGGUACCAGUAUGCAUCUGCGAGACCUGCCACUGCGAAGAUACUAGUACAUCCAUGCUGCGUACGGUACGGAACCAGUACCUGGUACCACCAGUAGCUCCCUCGUCUCUGGUCUCAUAUUGGAAAGAAGGACAUGCUUGGCUCGCAAUUUCUUUCUCGGAGCAAGCAACCUUGGACUACGUUCAUCAUAGAUUCUUUGAACAGUGCUUGAAACAAGAAGAAUCAAAUCAAAUCACAGAUGUGAACAGUGCAUCCUACGUUUCAAAUCCAAGUUACGAAGGCCGCUGCAACACUACAUGUACCGUACCGAUACGGCAUGGUACUGGAGUGGAGUGGGCCCUUGUCAAAGCCAAAGUCUGGCUAUCUACCGGUAGCUACCAGUACUAUGCAUAA